GCACACAACUAACAUAUGUACGCAUUAAUAUAUUCGCUAAAAACUCUUCACUUUUCUCCGUUGUUUACGUUUUGAACUUAAUUUCCUUCCAGAAGAAUUUUUUUUUUCUAGCAUUGAUUCAAUUCGUCUGAUUUAAUCAUUUCUAUCUUUUGGAUAAUUGUAAUUAAUUUUUCAAAUUCAUUUGAUUAUCGUGCGACUGAAUAGUGUUCAGAAAUGUUGGGGUGUAUUGUAUCUGGACGAUUGGUCCAAAUGGAUUUUCAGCAAGUAGACGAAGGAAAAUUUUUACUCAAUAUUCCAGAAGCCGACAAUAUCAAUCACAUUGUGAUUUUUUUAACGGAUGCCAUUCCGGUCGGAUUGGCCGGUGCUGUUUAUUUCAGCUGGCCUGAUCCAGUUGCACCGCCAAGUUGGCAAUUUUUAGGUUAUAUUUCAAAUAAUAAGCCAUCGGCAAUUUUCAAAAUAUCAACGUUGAAAAAGUUGGACGAAAUGGAAACAAAUGGAUUGUCAGCGGCAAUGUCACAGUUUAAUGUGUUUGGUGCACAGCCGAUCUCACAUACCGCACAAAUUGGGGUUUCAAUUGAACCAGAAGCUACUGUCACACAACUCGAACCGGCAACGACCAGCCCAACGAAUUACAUUCAAUUCGGACAGAAGAUGCUUGAGAAUUUCAUAAAUUUUGUGAGCAGUUUUGCCGUGACCCAGGCUCAAAUGGUGCCAAAUCCAACCGAAACAUUUGUUCCACUAUCAACGAUUCAAACAUGGUAUCAAAACUUUGAACGACGACUUCAACAGAACCCAAACUUUUGGAAAUAGUCAUCGAAAUACACCGAUUGUGAUGCAUCAGUUCUUAUUGAUAUUGAAUUAGGAACAUUUUUAAAAAUAACAAAUGCGAUAUGAAUGCAAAACACCAGUUUUAUUUCGCAAACUAUUUGAAUAGGUUUUUUUUUUAAAUUUAUCUAAUGUUAUCGUAUCGCAUUGAAGUAUGCAUGACUAAAAUUAAUUGAAUUGUA